AUGUCAACCAUCGCCACAAACAAAGUUACAUGCAGGACCAUCGGCAGCGGGAUCAUCCAGACCUUCAACAGGAUGGCCUUCUACGUGCGGUCCACGUGCCCCUUCACCCUCUCCCGCUUCACCCACAACCAGGUCAACUUUGACAUCACCGUCCAGCGAGGGGAGAGCGGACUGAUCGACAGGGUCGAGAUUGUCAUCAACAAGAUCAGAACCGUUCUGCAGAACGGGAGCAUCCUGGUGGAGAGGAAAAGUGUGUCCCUUCCUUAUGACCACACCUACCAGCAUGUGUUCCGCUAUGGCAUCUACACCCGACUGAAGAGCACCGUGCUCCCUGUGUCUGUCACAUGGUCCACUGUGCCAGGAGGAAUAGACGCUCUCUGGGUGGAGCUGGACCAGGAGCUGAACAGUGAAAUGACUGGACUGUGUGGAAAACCUAAUGUCCAAGGCAGCAAGCAACAGCUGAUAGCAGACAGCAUGCUUCCUGACAACACCUGUCAAACGCGCGACGCCACCUCGGCUACCAGCACAGUGUGCAGACAUUUUAUGUCCUACAUGUUGGAUUGUCUGUUCAGCAAUGUACCAGCUUACACACAGUUAUGUGAAGAGAACAUUUACGGCUAUGAACACAACAAGUAUGUCGGUUGUGCUUUCUUCAGAGAAGUCGCCCAUCAGUGUGGGAAAACCAGCUAUGCCUGGAGAGCCGUAACUGGUUGUGUUGCACCGAAGUGUCCAGGAGAUCUGGUUUAUGAGGAGCUGGGUGCAGCCUUUGUGCCCAGCUGCUCCAACCCUACUCCCAAAGCCUCCAACCAGGACCUGACCAGCUCCUGUGCCUGCCCCACGGGUAAGGUGCUGAAUGAUCGUGCUGAUGGCUCUCAGUGUGUGAAUCCAUCCUACUGCCCUUGUGUGUUUGAUGGCAAAAGCUACGCAGCUGGAGAAACGCACACAACCAAGUGUCAGUCAUGUUUGUGUAGAGGCGGAAAGUGGAAAUGCACUAAGAACUGGUGUCCAGCAAGGUGUUUGGUCGAAAGGCAGUUUGUGACGACAUUCGAUGGAAAGCGAUACGCACUUCCUGGUACAUGUACAUAUGUGGCCUCAAAGGAGACUUACACAUUCUCAAAAAACACUGCCAUGUGUGGGGAUGAAGAGAUUGAUGAGCUUUAUCAAUCUGAUCAUGCCUUGGUCUUCUGGCAGUCCUCCUUGUACGUCCAGGUCCAAACAUCUUUUGGUAUGAAGAUCCAAAUCCAGAUGUCUCCUGAGAUGCAGCUCUAUAUCACCCCCGCUGAAAACUACACAGGCAUCAUGUCAGGGCUUUGUGGCAACAACAACGCUGAUACCACGGAUGACUUCACCACCAGCAGUAAGAUUAUUGAGAACUCAGUUCAGCCGUUUGCUCUGUCCUGGACUGUGGGAAAAUGCACAACCAACAUCCCCCCCUCCUGUAUCAGCGUAGAUGAAGAAAUAUUUGCAGAAGAAAAGUGUUCUGUAUUGAACGACCCGCGUGGAGUAUUUGCCAAGUGCCACGGUCACAUCUGUCCAGCUUGCUUUUAUAUGACCUGCGUCCAGAGGACCUGCAACUGUGGCAGUAAUGUUCAGCAAUGUCUGUGCGUGGCCCUCGCCAACUACGCCAAAGCUUGUGCAAAUCAGGGCAUUCCAGUCGGCGACUGGAGAAAGGCCACCAAUUGCAUGCUGACCUGUAAAAACAACCUGGAGUUUUCCUACGAGAUGCAGGCCUGCAACCGUACCUGUCUCUCCCUAUCUGGCCCUGACCCCGACCCCCGCUGUGAGGUGGAGGACGCUCCAGUGGAGGGCUGUGGCUGCAGGGAGGACACUCACCUGAGCAAGGAUAGGACUUGCAUCCCAAAGGUGCAGUGCCCAUGUCAUCACCAGGGCGGCGUGACACCGCCAGGGCCUGUUACCUUGGACGGACGACCGUGCAACUGUGAGAAUGGAGAGCUGCGCUGCUCCGAGGAUUGUGGUUGCACGAAUGGUAAAGUCUGUGUGCACUGCUCACAGUCCUCAGUCAACACAGCUCAGAAAACCUGCAGCAGUCUCAGUCAACCAAUGACUGCUGCGGUGAGCUGUCAGAGUGGCUGUUACUGUCCCGAGGGCCAGUACGAGGACCACCAGGGACUCUGUGUUCCCAUUGAAAACUGCACCUGCAUGUACAGCGGCAAGGUGUUCGGUGCAGGACAGAGCGUGGAAACCGCCUGUAAGACAUGUACCUGUGAUCAUGGUCAGUGGCUUUGCAGAGACAAGCCCUGUACUAGGAAGUGUCAGGUCUAUGGGAAUGGACACUACCAGACAUUUGACGCCAAAUGGUACCGUUUCGACGGACACUGUCAGUACACCCUGCUGGAGGAUGACUGUGGGAGCGAUGGUGGGUCCUUCUCUGUGCGGGUGGAGAGCAUACCCUGUUGUGAUGAGGCCCUCACCUGCUCUCGCUCCAUCGUCCUAGAACUACAGGAUAAAGUCACCCUGAUGCUGAGUGACAUGCAGGUGACCAGACGUCUCCAUACAAAUAGCACUCUGGAGGCAGAGCCCCUCUACUCCGUCCACACCGUGGGACUGUACAUCAUGAUCUCGGUGCCCGACAGAGGCAUGACUCUCAUCUGGGACAAACACACGAGGAUCACGAUAGAGCUGGACUCACAGUGGAGGAACCAAGUGUGUGGCCUCUGUGGUAACUUUGACUCCAAUGAGAUGAAUGACCUACAGAUAAGUGGCUCAACAGCGGUGUCAAGCCCCAUGGCCUAUGGAAACAGCUGGAAGACGACCACACUGCCUUGCUCUGACGUGACCAAGGAUGUCUUUCCAUGUCAACGCAACUCCUACUGUUCAGCUUGGGCCCAGCGGCGCUGUAUGAUCAUAAAAGGGGACACUUUUAAAGACUGCCACUUCAAGGUGGAUCCAGAGCCCUACUACCAGGCCUGUGUGCUGGAGUCCUGCUCCUGUGAGUUUGAAGGGAAGUUCUUGGGCUUCUGCACAGCCGUGGCGGCCUACGCAGAGGCCUGCAGCGACUGGGAAGUCUGUGUCGACUGGAGAACACCCGAUAUGUGUCCCGUCUAUUGUGACUACUAUAAUGAGAAGAGCCAGUGCAGCUGGCACUACGAACCCUGUGGUCACAUCCCGACCUGCGGCCGAAACAAUAACUUCAAUGGCAAGUUGGAAGGCUGUUAUCCCAGAUGUUCAGCAGAGGCGCCAUAUUUUGAUGAAAACACUGGUCGAUGCUCUGACCUGAAAAACUGCACGUGUUAUUUCAAUGAAACCGUUGUUCAGCCUGGUUCAGUGGUUGAGACGCUCUCCGGGAGCUGCCGUGACUUUACCAUUUACUACACCCACGACAACCGGAACAAUGGCUUCCUCAGUUCAUCCAGCAACAACUAUUGCGACAGCUGCGACCGAUGCCACAUCAGCCGUGAAUUUACCAUCUACUACACCCACAACAACUGGAACAAUGGCUUCCUCAGUUCAUCCAGCAACAACUAUUGUGACAGCUGCGAUCAAUGCCACAUCAGCCAUGACUUUACCAUCUACUACACCCACGACAACUGGAACAAUGGCUUCCUCGGUUCAUCCAGCAACAACUAUUGUGACAGCUGCGACCGAUGCCACAUCAGCUGUGACUUUGCCAUCUACUACACCCACGACAACCGGAACAAUGGCUUCCUCAGUUCAUCCAGCAACAACUAUUGUGACAGCUGCGACCGAUGCCACAUCAGCCGUGACUUUACCAUCUACUACACCCACGACAACCGGAACAAUGGCUUCCUCAGUUCAUCCAGCAACAACUAUUGUGACAGCUGCGACCGAUGCCACAUCAGCCGUGACUUUACCAUCUACUACACCCACGACAACCGGAACAAUGGCUUCCUCAGUUCAUCCAGCAACAACUAUUGUGACAGCUGCGACCGAUGCCACAUCAGCCGUGACUUUACCAUCUACUACACCCACGACAACCGGAACAAUGGCUUCCUCAGUUCAUCCAGCAACAACUAUUGUGACAGCUGCGACCGAUGCCACAUCAGCCGUGACUUUACCAUCUACAACACCCACGACAACCGGAACAAUGGCUUCCUCAGUUCAUCCAGCAACAACUAUUGUGACAGCUGCAACCGAUGCCACAUCAGCCGUGACUUUACUAUCUACUACACCCACAACAACCGCAACAAUGGCUUCCUCAGUUCAUCCAGCAACAACUAUUGUGACAGCUCUGCGACCGAUGCCACAUCAGCCAACAAUGGCUUCCUCAGUUCAUCCAGCAACAACUAUUGUGACAGCUGCGACCGAUGCCACAUCAGCCGUGACUUUACCAUCUACUACAUCCACGACAACCGGAACAAUGGCUUCCUCAGUUCAUCCAGCAACAACUAUUGUGACAGCUGCGACCGAUGCCACAUCAGCCGUGACCUUACCAUCUACUACACCCACAACAACCGGAACAAUGGCUUCCUCAGUUCAUCCAGCAACAACUAUUGUGACAGCUGCGACCGAUGCCACAUCAGCCGUGACUUUACCAUCUACUACACCCACAACAACCGGAACAAUGGCUUCCUCAGUUCAUCCAGCAACAACUAUUGUGACAGCUGCGACCGAUGCCACAUCAGCCAAAAAGGUGCACAACAUUCCACAUCACAAGAGUGUGUGUGUAGGGACCCAAAGACACAGCAAAUCUGGGGUUGUGGUGAGACGUGGACAGAGGACUGCUUCAAUAAAAGGUGCAACAAGCAGAAGAUAGAGAUGACUCCAGUGGAAUGCCCAGAGCCAACAAUACCUGUCUGCCCCCGAGGACUGAUGAAGAAGGUCAUGAAAGGCUGCUGUGAAACCUGGGAGUGUGACUGUCACUGUGAUCUCUAUGGCGACCCUCACUACAUCUCCUUCCAAGGUGUGACAUUUGACUUUCUGGACAACUGCACCCACAUCUUGGUGGAGGAGCAAUUGCCACGUUAUGAUCUGACCAUUGCUGUGGACAACUACUUCUGUGUGCCUGGCCUGGAAGGGUCCUGUGCCAGAGGCAUCAUCAUGAAAUACAAGAACAACACUGCCACUCUCAGUAUCAAUCCAAAUACCUAUUCGGUAGAGGCCACUCUGAACCAUCUGACUGUGCAUCCGCCAUAUGAGGAGCAGGGGCUGAGGUUUGAGACCACGGGCUACAUGGUGACCAUUACUGUCCCGGCUGUCCGCUCUUACGUGUCCCUCACCCCGUCCUACACCCUGGUGGUCAAUCUGGGCAUGGAAUACUUCUUCAACAACACACAGGGACAAUGCGGUGUGUGUGGCGGUGGCUCAUGUAUCCGCAGGGGAGGCCAUAUUGAAGAGGACAGCUGCUGUGGCAAAACAGCCUACGACUGGGUGACCCCUGACCCCCGGAAGCCGGCUUGCGACUCUGCCCCCACAGACAUACCCUGUUACCUGCCCACCGUAUAUCCAACCUCCAGCCAGACAACCACCACCUGCCCAGGGAGUCCGCUGUGUCGCCUUCUACAUCACCCGGUAUUUGAAGAGUGCAGUAAGUUUGUGGACCUCAGCCUCACAGAGAAGAAUUGUCGGUUUGACUCCUGUGGGAACUCAGAGCUGGCCUGUUCUUCUCUGGAGCAGGUUGCUGAAGAAUGCAAGAAAGCUGGCAUUUGUGUCAACUGGAGACAUUUCACCAACGGAACCUGUGAUGUGGAAUGUCCAGAGGGAUUGGUUUACAGACAAUGUCAAAACAAGUUAGACAACUACUGCCAUGGAGGAGCUCGUAUGCCAGGGACUCUCCUGGAUGACUACAGUGAAGGCUGUUUCUGUUCCAGCGACCAGCUCAGAGUAGACAAAUACACAAAAAAGUGUGUGCCGGAAUGUCCCUUUUGUAAAGGACCGCUGGGUGAGCCAAAAUGGCCUGGCGACGUGUGGGAGUCAAACUGUCACCAGUGUACCUGUGACAUGCGGACCAAGAUGGAGGAGUGUGUAGAGAAGCCUCCCGCGACUCCAGUGUGCCAGCAUGGUGCCGUGCUGGUCAACACCUCCUGCUGUGGAGAACAGACCUGCGUUGAGAAGACGUGCUUUUACAGUGACCAGAUCUACAAGGUGGGGGACAGAUGGACAGAUGCCAGCCAUCCCUGUAUGUCCUACAGCUGCAGCACAGAGGGCAUUCAGACGGAGACCAGGCUGUGUCCCAGUAACAAGAUGUGUGCUCCCAGGGUGACCAGCAUCGAUGUUACCUUAGGCAACUGCACCGCUACCCUGGACCUGCCCGUGUGUCAGGGACAGUGUGCCACUCAUCCCAGAUGGGUAGUUUCAGAUGGAGACCUGCAGAUGGAGCAGGGAUGCCAGUGCUGCAGAGAAAGGAGCUCAGAGGAGAGGUCGUUGACCCUGCGUUGUCCAACGGAACCGUCCGGCCGACAUUACACCUACCGGCACAUCACCGCCUGCCACUGCACAGGCUGCACCACGCUGCACUGA